UUCCAACUUUAGAAAGCGUAAGCAUUAAACUUGUGGACGAAAACGAGUCAAGGGCUAGUGGCGGCCGUUUCGCUUCGAUAAUAGCAUCGAGAUCGAGGGCGCGGCACUGCGGAGUGAAGCUGCUGCUGCUGCCGCUCUGAUUGCCGGAGUUUCCGACGACAGCGGCGGAAGAAGCUAAACCAUGGCGCUCCAUUCCAGUUUCACAGCGGUUGCAUACGCGAAUCCAGUUUCUUCGUAUAGGCAACCGCAACCAGUUCAUUUCCCUUACGUUUUGAAUAAUUCAAUCUCGUUUACUCGUCACUGUCGAGCCCUAAGUCUUCCGUGUUCCGACGUUUCUCCGUCACUGAAGGCUACGUUUUCUCCCGUAUUAACUGUCACGGCUCAUGCAACACCAGAGCCUCUUAGAAUCAUGAUAUCUGGUGCUCCUGCUUCCGGUAAAGGCACACAAUGCGAACUUAUUACUCAGAAAUAUGGUUUGGUGCACAUCGCUGCUGGAGAUUUACUUAGGGCAGAAGUCAAUAGUGGCAGCAAAAAUGGGAAGCUAGCAAAAGAGUACAUGGAGAAAGGACAACUAGUCCCUAAUGAUAUAGUCGUGCUGAUGGUAAAGGAGCGGCUGUUGCAACCUGAUUCUCAGGAGAAUGGUUGGCUCUUGGAUGGUUAUCCUAGGAGUUAUUCUCAAGCAAUUGCUCUUAAGGAACUUGGCUUUAAGCCUGAUCUUUUCAUUCUUCUUGAAGUCCCUGAAGAAAUUCUUGUUGAGAGAGUUGUUGGAAGAAGACUGGAUCCCGUUACUGGUAGGAUAUAUCACUUAAAGUAUUCUCCUCCUGACACUGAAGAGGUUGCUGCUAGACUUACACAGCGCUUUGAUGACACUGAAGAAAAGGUGAGGUUAAGAUUGCAAACUCAUCACCAGAAUCUGGAGGAUGUCCUUUCCAUGUAUCAAGAUGUGACAGUUAAGGUGAAUGGAAAUGCGCCAAAGACAGAUGUAUUUGAUCAAAUAGAUAAACUGCUAACAGGACUUCUAGAGCAACGGAAGGCUGCUAUAGAAUCUCUGGCAGCAUAGAUAACUGUGCAGCAUGGUUAGGUCCCUUUUAAGUAUGUGAGAUUAUAUUCUCGUAAAAUGGAAAUUUUGUUGUUUAUCAUUUAUUCUUUCUUUGGGUGGGUAGGGAAGGUGGCCCCUAUCUAUUAUUUUACAUUUUUACUAUGGCUCUGUACAGAAGCAAUAAACAUGUGAAAAUAUCAUUAUGUAGUUACGGGGUGGCUUGAGAUGAGAAAACUGUCCUGCAUUUAUUUUCUUCUUACUAGCAAUAUAGAAUGAUUGAAUGAAUUGAAAUCCCAAGAAA